AUGUCGUGUUCCGAAUAUGCAAAUGGACUUGUAAGGGAUGCGAAAACUCGUUACUUAGAUAAAUUAAAAUUGUUAAAUAGUGAGUGUCCCUAUUCAAUUCCCAAUUCUAUGUGGAAACACGGAAUAGAUUGUUGCCCAAUUGUUCCCAAAAUUUCUCCCCCAGACAUAUUCAUCUAUUUGGUCGAAACCAAAAGUUAUCAAAACCACUUGGAGGCCCUUGGUGCAUACAAGGGUAUUUCUUCUGAAUCGCAGCAGGCUGUUAGAGAUGGCUGGGUUAGAGAGUUCAUGGCAAUUGCUCUCGCAACCCAAGUUGUAUUUAUGAAGGCCAAGGUCUCACCUUUCCAAGCCUUAAGUAAGAGCCCAUACAAGCCACGGGCAGCAGUUUCAAGUCAAUUAUGCUCAGUUAUUGGUGCACAUUGUACGUGUGCUGCUGGAUUGUGGGAAGUGUGCAACUAUGUUGCUGGGCUACUUCAAGUUUAUAUGGUGGCUUCACAGAUAAACGAACAAAUAACCAUAAGUUUUCGAUUGACCGAAUUCAACCCAGGACCACACAUUUUCGACGUAGCCAGUCGAGUGCCUUAA